GAUGAUACGAAAGGCGAGGCGCAGCAAAGACAGGCAUGUUUGAGAAAUUUGCUCAUGAUUUGUUUUUUUCCGAAUUUGUAUUCUUUAGAUUCUUGCCGAACUGUAUACUAAACAUAUCACUGCAAGUAUUAGUUCAAGAUGUGAAGAUCUUGGAAAGAUCAGCAAAAGGAUUCUUGCCGAAUUGUAUACUAAACAUAUCACUGCAAGCAUUAGUUCAAGAUGCGAAGAUCUAGGAAAGAUCAGCAAGAGGUGCCGAGAAAUUGGUGCACUUUCUCAUAGUGAAAUCAAUCGGGUACUGACGGAACUACAUACCGCUAUGAAAACAUAUCAGCUUUGUUAUUCGGAGUUGGCUGCAGUGGAAAGAAAGCUAAGAAUAGCCGAGGAAGAAAAACGACGGUACGAAGAAGCAAAUCCCGGAAAAGCUGAGGGAACGCGCAAAUAUCGUAAUCUCUGCAAGUAUUUGAAAAAGAGAGAAGACAAAUACGAAGCAGUUCAUUCUAAAUGUACAAAAGGGCGAAACGAGUAUCUCAUGUGUAUUCGAGCUGCAAAUGCUGCAUUACAUAGGUAA